AUGCAGCGGCCAGCGCGCGUCCCUCAAUUUUAGUGAGUGCGUGUUAUGGUGGCAGACGGCGUACAAGCACACUCCUCUUCCUCCUCGGAAUUUUUCCACGGCGACGGCCCCACGGCGGUGUGCGACGAGAGGACCAUGUCGGUGAACGACAUGUACGUGCUGCGGCCCUUCAAGUUGAUCGCGCUGCUGUGCGUCUUCCUGGCGCUGUGCUUGGACCUGGUGGCUCUGCUCAGUCCGGCCUGGGUCACGGCCGACCACUUCUCCCUGUCCCUGUGGGAGUCGUGCUCCCAGUCCGAGCCCAGGCAGCCGGGCGACGAAGCUUCGUGGAGUUGCUUCUCCACUCUCACUUCUGACUGGCAGAUCGCCACCCUGGUGCUGCUUGUGGGUGGUGCUGUGGCAACCCUGGUGGCCUUUUUAGUGGGCCUCAUUUCCCUCUGCCAUGGGACGCAGAGGAAACAUUACCACACAGUGGCCGUGUUGCUCUUUACUGCAGUUGUGCUACAGGCCUGCGCUCUGGUCUUGUACCCAAUCAAGUUCAUCGACGGGACGGUACUGCAGACGUAUCACGAAUUCAACUGGGGCUACGGCCUCGGCUGGGGAGCCACCAUUUUCAUGCUGGGCGGCGGAGUCCUCUUCUGCCUGCGGACGGACAUAUACGAGGAUGCCAUGUACUGACACCACACGCAUCUUCACGAACACACACACAACUCUACAUAGGCGGUGCGCGUAGGAGCACAGACCUAAAUUCUCUCUCGGCCCUCUUGGUUAUUUUUAGUCAGGUUGGAAGGGCCUAAAGUAGCCCAGAUCUGUUUGAAUAGAACCCCUCACCACCCCCCACCCUUGCUCAUAGUGUAUCCCUCAGCUUGGCCAGUAUCGGAGUGAGGUGUCGACCUCUCUGAUGAGCACGGGUUGCUGGACAUUUCUACUGCAUGGUGAUGUCUGUUGUUGGACAAAAUGGACAUUUAAAGGCACCAGUGCAUCGCCAUGUUUUGGCCUUUUAUUUUGGCCUGUUCUUUUUAUAGCAUUUGACAAGGAGGAGCUUGUUUUCAAUGUAUUCUUUCACUUUCCCUGCAUUCUGGCUGAAACAUAUCAUAGAGUGUCUUCUCAUAUCACUAGACUCAUUUUUCAUAUAUGCUGGAGCUACUGUAUUUAUAGUUUGUUUGCAAACUCACUUUGUUUUGUCUCCAAUGAAAAUGUAAAUGUGUAAAAACUGUUUGUACAUGGACUUUCCUGAAUAAAAAGUGUAGU